AUGCAAACUGCUGAUAGAAGCUGACUAUUUACGAAGAAAACACUAUUUUUGCCCUUAACAUUAUUUUCUGCUAGUGUUUUGGUAAUGAUUAUAUCAUUAACUGCUAAGAAAUGAUCUACCCUUGAUCAAGGUGAAAUAUCAAACGAAAUGAGUCUUUAUAGGUGCAAAAAUUGUGUGAAUUAUUUGAAGGAUUGAAGCUGGAAAUGUUUUUCUGACUAUUGUUAUUAUGACGAUUCCAGUUCCGGAAACUGCAUAGCAUAUAACAACGGAUCAAAAGCUUCAUUCUUUUAUUUUUCAUUUGAAAUUAUUGCGAUCAUCUCUGGGCUGAUGGUAGUUGAAAAGAUAAUUUUGGUAAUUUUUGAUAAGAAUUAUGGAGGCAAAAUUAUUUUGUGCUUACUUGCUGCUUUCAUGCUCAUUGCUCAUGUGAUGGCUAUAUAUAUAUGAUCAGUAUUAAAUGAUGCAAAUUGGUAUAAAUCUAAUGAAGAGUGCUCUAUAGAAAAGCCAUGUGUAUAUGCAGAAAAUGGACCAUUUUUAGCUUUCGCUAAUAUUUUUAUUUGUAGUUUCGCGUUUAUUUCGCUGAUGAUCCUGAUAUGAAAACAAAGAGAAAAUAUAUCAAAUAGCGAGCCUCUUGCUCGGUAUAUAUGAUUUAUCAGAGUUGAACUAUUAUUGAUAAUUGUUGGGCUAUUAUUUUUUAUUUUAUUUCUUAUAGUAAUUUUUACUGUUUAUCAUGAAGAGUGAGUAGAGCGGCACACUAAAGAUAACUUAUGGAGAGGAGGACUCUCAUCUUGUGUUGCUUGUGAACCAAAAAUCCCUGAUUUUGAUUGGGAGUGCUUAGUUGCUCGUGAAUGCUUCGUUUCUCCUUCAUCAAAAAGCUGCAAGCUUUAUUCUCAUAUGUUUAAUGCUUAUAAGCUUUAUAUAUUUUUUGAUGGGCUGGCUUUACUCUGCUCAGUUUUCUUUAUUCAAACCUAUAUAUACUUUUUAAAUCGAAAAAUUUAUGGCUCAGCUUAUAUGACAUAUGUAAUUCCUAUGCAGAUUUACGCAAUUUUGCUAUCAGUAUUCCAUAUUACUGCUACAGUUUUAUGGUUUAUGGAGAGUGAUGUGGCAUUGGAUUCCCACUGUAACAAAAAAAAAAUUAAACCGCAUAAGCAUAUUUUUACAUGUUCAAGAUUAGGGCCUCAUUUACUUAUGGUAUCAAACUUUUUUUCUAUUUUCAUGACGGCUCUGUAUUGCUAUAUAUUUUAUAAACGGAAUUAUGAUUACAAAUCUAUAAUUAAGCUUCAGGAAAGCCAAGAGCAGGGAAUUUCUAAGUUUCAUGAAAAGUCGCGCAUUGAAGAUUUUAAAAAUAAUACAAUAUUAAGCGAUUAA